AUGUCGAUGUCUGUGUACGAUAAUAUUACAUCUCAUCAGCAUCUGUCAGGUCCUUUGGGGUCACGUCCAGCUACACCAAGUACUAAGAAGCUGACUAAUUCCAGUUUUGAUACCGGAAAUGGGAUUCAAAAUGAAUAUUGUGAACCAAAAUCUUCAUUAAAUUCUUUUCAAAAACAUUCGACGUCUAUAAAUCCAGGACGACCCGAAAUAGGUUCAAUAGCUGGAGUAAAUAAUCAUUUUGAAUCAAUAAGAAAUAAUUCUACUUAUUUCUCUGAGCCAAAUCAAAAAAUUGAAGAUCCACCAAAUUUUCAUGUUAAAAUCGUAUGUGUGGGUGAUGGAGGAUGUGGAAAAACUAGUUUACUUCUUACUUAUACGAUUGGAAAAUUUCCAACAAUAUAUGUUCCAACUGUUUUUGAAAACUAUUUGGCUAAUAUUAAGACACCUAAUGGACAAGUAGUAGAAGUUGCUCUUUGGGAUACCGCAGGCCAAGAAGAGUAUGACCGUCUUCGUGUGCUAUCAUACCCAGAAGUCAAUAUAAUCCUUAUAUGCUUUAACAUUGAUUCUCCCAAUUCACUAGAAAAUGUUGUUGACAAGUGGUUACCUGAAAUAUCUCACUUUUGUCCAGGAAUACCAUUUCUUUUAGUUGCAUUGAAAACAGAUUUACGAGCUGAACUCAAAAAUAAAAACAUGCAGUUUAUUACUCAAGAGCAAGGUAAUUCAGUUUCUAAAACUAUUGGUGCCAAGGAGUAUCUUGAAUGUUCAGCUAGAAUGUCUCUUGGUGUAUCCGAAAUUUUUACAACAGCGAUAAAUAUUGUGAUGCAUGAUUAUAAUGAGAGUUCAUAUUCCUAUAACUUAUCUAUGUCUCUCAAUAAUGCUCUUUUUGCUGAUCUUGAAAGUGAUGAUGAUACUGAAUAUACCAGAGAAAAUUCAACGGUGAAUGAUGUCACUGAAAAUAAAGUGCCAAUAAAAAUAGUAAAAAUUAGGUCAUUGAGGGAAACAGCGCAAGAUUCUCUUUCCGGUUCUGAUUCAAAACAAAUUACCGAUGUUACAUCUGUUUCUGGUCUAAUGAAUCGUCUUAAUCUCAUUUUAAAUCUUAUUGACAAAACUGCUUUAGGUGAUUCUACAGAAUAUUCUUUGCUUGUAGAAGCAAACUCUUAUUCUGUAGAAAUUGACGAUGCCAUUUUAACUGUGCAUCAAUUCAUUAAAAAAAGAUACCAAAAACGAUUUUCUGAACUAGACUCACUAGUCCAAACACCUGUAGAAUAUGCCAGGGCAGUUUUGGCUAUUGGAAACAAUGUUAAAACAGAUUCAGUGACAAGCAGUGAGUCAGCAGAUGUGAACCUUUCAAAGCUAAAACUAGUAGUUUCACCAGCAACCUUUAUGAUUAUUUCUAUGGCUUCUUAUGAAUCAAAAGGAGAAUCUUUAUCAAAUGCAGAGUUAAAGGAAGUUUCAUCAGCUUGUGAGCUUCUCUUGUCUCUAAAAUCAGCUAAAGACCAAAUCACACAAUUUGUAUCGUCAAGGCUUGCGCAUUUUGCUCCCAAUGUUACUGAAGUUAUAGGAUCGCAUGCUACCGCUCAAUUACUUGGUGCAUCUGGUGGCUUAAAAAAGCUUGGGGCAACACCAAGCUCAAAUAUUCCCUCUUUGGGUUCUAAAGGUAUAGUAGGUGUAGAAAUUAGCCAAACUCCUACUCGAGAUCGAGGGUUUUUGUAUUAUUCACCAAUUGUACAGAACGUCCCGCCAGAAUUUCGAACUCAAGCAAUGCGAAUUAUUAGUGGAAAACUUGUUUUAGCUGCUCGUGUUGAUUUUUCGAACUCCAUUUCUAAAAAAAGACUUGGCAAAGAUGCUGAUGAAUAUGGUAAAAAGCUACAUCGAGAAAUUAUGGAAAAAUUAGAAAGACUAUUAGAGCCACCGGAAAAUAAAUCACAUAAAGCAUUGCCGGUUCCAUUAGACAAACCUUCUAAAAAACGAGCAGGAAGAAGAAUUCGCAAAUUCAAAGAACAACAUAAAAUGACUGAAUUACAGCGUGUACAAAACCGUGUUACAUUUGGUCUUGAAGAAACAUACGACAAUGAUUUGGCAGAUUUGGGUGGUUCUUUAGGAACGACUUCUGCAAAAAGUUUAUCGAUUGGAAACUCUGGACAAAUUCGUAUUUUGAAUCUAGAAAAGUCGCAGGGGAAAAUAUCAAAAGGAAUGGCAAACCGUUUACAGAGGCUUAAUGGAAAAAGUCUGGGAAUAAGCAAAAAAAUCAGUAACGAUAACUUCUCAAGUGGUAUGGUUUCCUCUAUUACUUUUUCACAAUCUCAAGGAAUUGAACUCGUUGAUCCUUCUAAAAAAAGUAAAAAUUCAUCAACAAUGUCUAAUGGCAAGGAAUGUAAUAAUUGGUUUCAGUCAGGUGCUUUUUCGUUACAUAAUAAAGAUUUUUUUGAUUUUGAUGCAAAAAAUAAUCAAAAUUAA